AUGUCUCCAGAUCUUGUUGCAUUUGACCUUGAUUACACAGUUUGGCCAUGUUUUUGUGAUUCACAUCUUGUUCCUCCAUUCUCCCCCAAGCAAGAAAGCGACGGUUCUGUGCUUACAGUCAUUGACUCUGCUGGCUUUGAGCUGUCAUUAUUUCCAGAAGUUCCACGUAUAUUACUUCAUCUAUACAAAUCUGGAGUUAAACUCUCCACCGCUUCUAGAACUUGGGCUCCCGAUGUAGCUUUAGAUCUUCUUGCUAUGUUCAAGAUUUCACAGGGCCCUGACACCGCACCUAUUGCUUUGAUCGACUUCUUCUCUUCACUCCAAUGGGGAGAUAAACCCAAGAUACAUCAUAUCAGACAGGCAAUCCGUGAAAUAUACGGAGCUAGUCAAGAUACUGAUUCGUCGUUAAGAGAUCGCAAUAUCUAUCUAUUUGAUGAUGAACCAAGAAAUAAAGAUGUAGAGUAUUACGGUGUCAGGUACAUUCCAGUUAAUGCCUCGAAGGGGACCACGUGGGCCUUAUUCCGUAAAUAUAUUAAAGACUGCUAA